UUGCCGGGCCUGUCGGGCCGCGCUACGCAGCUCCUUGUCGUGCCGUCGCCGAGCAGAGCGGGGCGACCGGCCUGACAGGGCUGCCCUCGACCGAGCUCGCAUCUCCCCACCGCCAGGCAAGUCUCCGGCUGACGCAGCCCGCAUCGCUGGCCCCCAGGCCCAGAGAGGCGGCCUGAGCUCGGGGCUUCCCACCGGAGGGGCCGCGUCCAGGAGAACCACUUCCACUUCCCAGCCCCAGAGGCUCCCGUGGGCACGAUCGUGAGCCGACGGGUUCCCGAGCUCCCUCCUAGCCUGGCAGGGCUCCUCUCCGCGUUCCCGACGAACCUGGCCAGGUGGUUGGACGAACAAAGCGCACGGUCCUCAAACAGUGCAGUAGGCGGUGGCCCCAACCCAGCAGGAGAAGUGGACAUGAGGUUGGCAGGCCCCCUCCGCAUUGUGGCCCUGGUCGUCACCGUGGGCCUCACAUGGAUCGUAGUCAGCAUCCUCCUGGGUGGGCCUGGCAGUGGCUUUCCUCGCAUCCAGCAACUCUUCACCAGCCCAGAGAACUCAGCGACUGCAGAGCCACGGGCCAGGAAGUACAAGUGCGGCCUGCCCCAGCCGUGUCCUGAGGAGCACCUGGCCUUCCGCAUGGUCAGCGGGGCUGCCAAUGUCAUUGGACCCAAGAUCUGCCUCGAGGACAAGAUGCUCAUGAGCAGUGUCAAGGACAACGUGGGGCGGGGACUGAACAUCGCCCUGGUGAACGGGGUCAGCGGUGAGCUCAUCGAGGCCCGGGCCUUCGACAUGUGGGCGGGAGAUGUCAACGAUCUGCUGAAGUUUAUUCGGCCACUGCAUGAAGGCACACUGGUGUUCGUGGCAUCCUAUGAUGACCCAGCCACCAAGAUGAAUGAAGAGACCAGGAAGCUUUUCAGCGAUCUGGGCAGCAAGAACGUCAAGGAUCUUGCCUUCCGAGACAGCUGGGUGUUUGUGGGGGCCAAGGGCGUGCAGAACAAGAGCCCCUUUGAGCAGCACGUGAAGAACAGUAAGCACACCAAUAAGUAUGAAGGCUGGCCCGAGGCGCUGGAGAUGGAAGGCUGCAUCCCCAGGAGGACCAUGGCCAGCUAGCCAGCCGAGCGAGAGCACCAGGCUGAGGGAGGCUGCGUGUGCCCAGCCCAGGAGGUGGCGGUGGCGGCAGCAGCAGCAGCGGUGGCAGUGCAGGGCUGAGGCCCAACCCCAUACCCAGCCAGGAGCGCUCUCUUGCCCCAGCACAUUGGGGCUCCAAGGCAGUGACUGGUAACUGGAGUGUGACCGGUGGUGGGGGCUGAAGGGGCCGGCCUCAUCACGAUCUGUCAGGGGAGCCCAGGUACCCAUCUCCUUCUUUUCCUAAGCUGCUCCCCCUGGCUAGCCCCUACCCAAUUCCCAAGUGCCCCCGGCCACAAGGACCCUGGGUGCUCACCCUGUCACCGCACAAGUCUGGUAGCAGCUGCCUGGUGAGUUGGGGCAUCUUCUAGAUCCUCUCAAUCCCAGUGCCACUCACUACUCUGCAGGCUAAUCCUGUUUCCAUUGUGAUUCCUUCUGGUGAGCCACACCUGGCGGGCACUUCAGGGGACUGGCUGCCUCCUGCCUCACUCUCUGCAGGAAGGGGCUGCCUUGGAGCCAGGCCAGCCGGGCAGUAAGACAGCGAGCCUGAUCACAGUCCCCAGCACGGCAGGUGGCGUCUCGUGCAGUUUGUCAGAGGGCCCACCUUCUAGAUGAACUCUUAAUAAAUUGGUGGCCCUCAAUGGAAUGAAGUGCAUUCGGUGGGGAGUCAGGGGUGGUGGUGUCGUGGGGGGGAGGGACAUGUCCUGGAGGCUCAGCUGACCUGCCCCCACAGCCUUAGCAGACAGCCUUUGUCUCCAGGGCUCCUGCCACCGACAGGACCCAUUUUGGCUGAGGUGUGACUCAGGCAGUGAGCAGAGCAGCUCCCCAGCUAGCAUCCCCAUAGCCUUGCCCAGGGGAGAUGGUUCUACCCUCUGAGGCUGCAGGAAACUCACUCGAUUCCCUCGGACACAGCACAGGCCUAUAGGGACAGGGAUGGAGAUUAAAACUAGCCCAGGUGCCUCCCCUCUCUGCCCAGCCUCCCUCAGGAGCUAGUGUGUCUCCCCACAGCGGGAUAGUGGAUGCCUUUGAAAUCAGGGCCGCAAAGGGCCAAGUCACGUGGGCUGUUUGGCAUUUCUCACAGAUUACAGUUACAUUUCCCUCCACUGAGCAAGAACCAGCAGGAGACUAUAAGGAGUUUUGCUGGAAUAGCACAUCCAGGGGCACAGGAGCGGUCUGGGGUUAGCAAAAGGAGAGAAGGCUGUUUGGACUUCCUAGAUGGGAGGAAUUGGGGCACCAACCAGGCAGCCUUGAGGGGUCCGUGGCGGGGGCGAUGGACUUACAAGUCCUGCUCUGGAGAAAGGCUUCCCGAGCCUCUGCCUUCUAGGAGUUAAGUGCUGCCAGAGUGCGAACAAAACGUCAAGAAACGAAAGUAUUUAAGGAGCAGGCCAAAGAGGAGUGAGAGGCCCAGGGACAGGCGGGAAGGAGAGGCUGUGGUUGUGCUGCCAGGACCGCAAAGGGUUGGGGAAGCGUCAGCCCAGGAGAUGGUGAUCAUAGACCCUGUGCCAAGCGCUUUACGUGUAUUCAUUUUUUUAAUAGACUUUCUUUUUUAGAGCAGUUUUAGGUUCACAGCAAAGUUGAGCAGGAAGUCCAGAGAGUUCCCACAUACCCAACCUCCACUGACACAGCAUCAUCACCCAAAACCCAGAGUUGACAUUAGGGUUCCCUUUGGGUGUUGUACAGUCUGAGUUUGACAAAUGUAUAAUGACAUGUAUCCACCAUUAUAGUAUCAUACAUAUAUUUAUUUUUUAAACCUUUUAUUAUGGAAAAUUUCAAACGGCCCCCAAAGUAGAAUAGUAUAAUGAACCCCAAUGUGCCCAUCGAAACUGCCACUAUGAUCAACAUGUGGCCACUGUUUCAUUGCAUCCCCUCUGGCCCGAUAUGUUGAAGCAAAUCUCACCUUAGUUCUUCCAUCAGUACUUCGGUUGUACACGUGUUAUGUACGCGGUUCUCACAGCAACCCUAGCAAGAAAGUACUACCAUUUUCCCCAUUUCCAGAGAAGAUAAAGGUCUCUGGUGAGCUUAGGAGAGUUUCACUGGAGCCGGGACGUUAGAAGCCAGAUAAGUAGGGCUCUGCAAGGUUAGUAGCUUGCCCCAAAUAACAUGGAAGCUCACGGAAGGUCCACACUGCAAGGCUGGGAGUCACUGGGGCCACUGCUGUGAUUGCCCGACCUUCCCCAGAGAUUCACCAGGUGCCUGCCCUGGGCCAGGCUCUGUGUUACAUGCCGGGAACUCGGGAGUGGGCCCCGGUGAUGGCCCCUAACUCCCCAGGGGGCUGUGCCCUCACUGGGGCUCAGCAGAGUCACACCAAUGGAAAGAGCAGGCCAGUUUUAUCCCCCACUUGGCCCAACACAGGCUAGGAAGCUGAUGGUGUGGAGCACAGCCUGCCCAAGUUUCCAAAGUGAGGUAAAGCUGUAUCCUCAGGCCUGCCCUUUAGGAGUUAGGAUAUCCUCGGUUACAAGUGCCAGAAUCCCAGCUCAAACUGGUGUGAGCAAAAAUAAAUAAGUAAUGACAGGGGAAGGAGACUUAUUGUUCCUGUAACAGAUCCCAACCCCCAUGGGUGUUCUAGCUCCAAUAAUGUCAUCGGGAUCAUCAAGGCACGGACUCGCUCCAUCUCUUGGCUCCGCUUUUCUCAGUAUUUGCUUCCUUUUCAAACAUAUUGUCUCCCCCAGGUAUGGGAAGCUAUAGUAGAGGUCCCAGUUUAGCAACUCCAGCAAAAAAGAGCUCCCACCUUCCCAGUAGUUCCAGUACAAGUCCCUGGGGACUGUCGUUGGUCCAGAUUGGAUUAUGGGCUUAUCCUUACAUCAAUCUGUGUGGCUCUGUUUGGCUACACCUGGGAUGGGCCCACCCGAGGCCAAUGCUGGGGUCCUGCACUGGGAAACCUUGUGUACCGAGAGUGGAGGAGGGAUGGUUCCUCAAAGAAAAUUGAGAUGCUGUGACCUGAUGCCAGGCAGGUAAACACAACAGUGGUCAUUACACUUCCCUGCAAAUACCACCUGUAUCCCAUACUUGUACCGCUUUAUCACCAAGCACUCCUGGGGGCCCCUGCCUGGAGAGCAGGAGGUGGGCACGCUGCUCAGGGUCGCCAUUGUAACCCUAUUACCUACUAUGGUGGCAGGUCUCCCAUCGGAAGUGCAUUUCUUUUUUGGCUGACCCUAUCGUUUGUUCUAUCUGUUCUCUCAGUCCAGAUGACUUCUCUUUUGUUUUGUUUUGGGUUUUUUUUGUGAGGAAGAUCAGCCCUGAGCUAACAUCCAUGCCAAUCCUCCUCUUUUUUGCUGAGGAAGACCAGCCCUGAGCUAACAUAUUGCGGAUCCUCCUCCUUCCCCUCCCCCCUUUUCUCCCCAAAUCCCCAGUAGAGAGUUGUAUGUCAUAGUUGCACAUCCCUCUAGUUGGUGUAUGUGGGAUGCGGCCUCAGCAUGGCCGGACAAGCGGUGAGUCGGUGAGCACCCGGGGUCGAACCCCGGCCGCCAGUAGCGGAGCGUGCGCACUUAACUGCUAAGCCACAGGGCUGGCCCCCAGAUGACUUCUCUUUUGGAACUAGAUAUCCUUGACUGAUUUGUAGAGCCCUUCCUCCUCUUCUGGGGUAAUUUAUUUUAUUUUUUUUGUGUGUGUGAGGAAGAUCAGCCCUGAGCUAACAUCCAUGCUGAUCCUCCUUUUUAUCCCUUUUUCUCCCCAAGGCCCCCGUAGAUAGUUGUAUGUCAUAGUUGCACAUCCUUCUAGUUGCUGUGUGUGGGACGCCGCCUCAGCAUGGCGGGACAAGCAGUGCGUCGGUGUGAGCCCGGGAUCCAAACCCAGGACGCCAGCAGCAGAGCAUGUGCACUUAACCGCCAAGCCACUGGGGUAAAUUAUUAAUCCCCUAACCCAACUACAAACAUUCUCUUGCCUUUAAUUAAGCUGUCCCUUUUUCCUGCAGAGAAGGCCUCCAAAUUCCCUCAUGUCAGACACCCCACCAGCCCACUCCCACUUUUCAGGGAAGGCUGAAGUGACUGACGACAAUGGGGAGCAGCCUCUCACUACACCUGCUCUCCUUGACUCCCAGCACCCAUUCCCGUUCAGUUGGAAUAUAAAAACACAGGCUUCCUCCAGGGAGGACACCUCUUUUAGGUUUUCCUUCCCCAGCUCUUCCUGCCAACCCAUUCCCCUUCUCCCUCUGGCUAGUUUUACCCUGUCCUCGGACAGCCCCACCCCCACUGCUCUUUUCUUUUGCAAAUUGCAGUCUUCAAUGCAGCAUGAGCCAAGCCCAGCCCUCUCACCUGUGCCAGCCUGCUUCCAUCAGGAUCCUACAACCCUAUUUGAGAGGGACAGUGCAAUAGUUCCGGGACACCAAGUCCACACACAAAUGGCUUAUGCCUUACUGGUCCUCUGAGGCUAAUGAACAGCCUAGAGCUAUGACCUCUGAAUGUGUUUUUUUGUGUGUGUGAUAAAGAUCAGCCCUUAGUUAACAUCCAUGCCAAUCCUCCUCUUUUUGCUGAGGAAGACUGGCCCUGGGCUAACAUCCAUACCCAUCUUCCUCCACUUUAUAUGGGACACCGCCAUGGCCGCCACAGCAUGGCCUGACAAGCAGUGCGUCGCUGUGCGCCCAGGGACCCGAACCCAGGCGGCCAGCAGCGGAGCGUGCGCACUUAACCGCACCACGUGGCCAGCUCUGACCUCUGAAUGUUUUUGAUCACUGACAUAAAUCAAGCCCUCUUAAGCAUGCUCCCCCACCAUGUGUAUAUCUGCUUAGAUAUCCUAUGCAUGUACUAAUCUGAACUUUAUAAAACACACCAAAUUUUUUAAAUAAACA